AUGGCGUCGGCCGGGCCCGAAUCCGGGGGGAGCAGCAGCAGCAGCAGCGGAGCCGCCACGGGGGCGCCAGGAGCAGCGACCUUCAAAAAGUCCUUGGAGGUGCCAGGCUCCUCCGGGCACGGGUCCUCCCAGACGAUCAAGAAGGGACACCGGGGCGUGGAUUCCAGCGGAGAGACCACCUACAAGAAGACGACUUCCUCGGCUCUCAAAGGCGCCAUCCAGCUGGGCAUCACCCACACGGUGGGCAGCCUCAGCACCAAGCCGGAGCGGGACGUCCUGAUGCAGGACUUCUACGUGGUGGAGAGCAUCUUCUUCCCGGGCGAAGGCAGCAACCUGACCCCGGCCCACCACUACAACGACUUCCGCUUCAAGACCUACGCCCCCGUGGCCUUCCGCUACUUCCGGGAGCUUUUCGGCAUCCGGCCCGACGACUACUUGUGCUCCCUCUGCAGCGAGCCGCUGAUCGAGCUCUCCAACUCCGGCGCCAGCGGCUCCAUCUUCUACGUCUCCAGCGAUGACGAGUUCAUCAUCAAGACCGUCCAACACAAGGAGGCCGAGUUCCUGCAGAAGCUGCUGCCGGGCUACUACAUGAACCUGAACCAGAACCCCCGGACGCUGCUGCCCAAGUUCUACGGCCUCUACUGCGUCCAGGCGGGGGGCAAGAACAUCCGCAUUGUGGUGAUGAACAACCUGCUGCCCCGCUCGGUCCGGAUGCACCAGAAGUACGACCUGAAGGGCUCCACCUACAAGCGCCGGGCGUCGCAGAAGGAGCGCGAGAAGGUCUUCCCCACCUACAAGGACCUGGACUUCGUGCAGGACGUCCCCGACGGGCUCUUCCUGGACGCCGACAUGCACAGCGCCUUGUGCAAGACCCUGCAGAGAGACUGCCUGGUCCUGCAGAGCUUCAAGAUCAUGGAUUACAGCUUGCUGGUGGCCAUCCACAACCUGGACCUGGCCCAGCGGGAACGGGCAGUAGCCGACGGGGCUUCCCUGGCGGACACAAGGCGGCCGGCCGGCCAGAGGGCCCUCUACUCCACCGCCAUGGAGUCCAUCCAGGGAGAGGCCCGGCGGGGGGGCACCAUCGAGACGGACGACCAGAUGGGCGGGAUCCCAUCCCGGAACGCCAAGGGGGAGAGGCUGCUCCUGUACGUGGGGAUCAUCGACGUGCUGCAGUCCUACAGGUUUAUGAAGAAGCUGGAGCACUCCUGGAAAGCCCUGGUUCACGACGGGGACACGGUCUCCGUUCACCGGCCGAGCUUCUAUGCCGAGCGAUUCCAGAGGUUCAUGUGUCAGGCGGUCUUCAAGAAGAUCCCUCUGAAAUCCUCCCCUUCCAAAAAGAGCCGCUCCGGGAUGGGUCCUCCUCGUCGGCCGGGCCAAACCGGGACCCCCGCCCAGGGCCUGAGCGAGACAAGAGUCCAGGUCACGAUGGAGGCCGAGAUGGAGUCAGGUUCCCAGCUGGGGCGCCCCGACCUGCUCCCCCAGACGCCCCCCGUUGAAGAGGCCAACAGCGACUCGGCAGCGACUACCUUAUCCACCUCUUCGCUGGGCAGCCCCGGGCACAGCUCGCCAGCCAUCCGGUCAGUUGCUGUCCCCAAGAGGGCUCCCCAGAGCUCAGUGGGGGCAGAAGCACCCCCAGCGGACGCCCCCAAGGACCCGGCGGUGCUCCUUCUGGAAAGCGUGGACAACAGCGAGUACAUGCGCAACGGGGACUUCCUGCCCACCCGCCUGCAGGCGCAGCAGGACGCCGUCAACAUCGUCUGCCACUCCAAGACCCGCUCCAACCCCGAGAACAACGUGGGGCUCAUCACGCUGGCCAACAACUGCGAGGUGCUGACCACGCUGACGCCGGACACGGGCCGCAUCCUGUCCAAGCUGCAUUCGGUGCAGCCCCGAGGGAGGAUCACCUUCUGCACCGGCAUCCGAGUGGCUCACCUGGCUCUGAAGCACCGCCAGGGGAAGAACCACAAAAUGCGCAUCAUUGCCUUCGUUGGGAGUCCCGUGGAAGACAACGAGAAGGACCUGGUGAAACUGGCCAAGCGGCUGAAAAAGGAGAAGGUGAACGUGGACAUCAUCAACUUUGGAGAAGAGGAGGCCAACACGGACAAGCUGACGGCUUUCAUCAACACCCUGAAUGGCAAAGAUGGCACCGGCUCCCACCUGGUGACGGUGCCUCCCGGGCCGAGCUUGGCCGACGCCCUCAUCAGCUCGCCCAUCUUGGCUGGGGAGGGAGGAGCCAUGCUGGGCCUGGGGGCAAGCGACUUUGAGUUUGGCGUGGAUCCCAGUGCUGACCCAGAGCUGGCACUGGCUCUCCGAGUGUCGAUGGAGGAACAGCGACAGCGUCAGGAGGAAGAGGCUCGGAGGGCAGCUGCCGCAUCGGCUGCCGAGGCCGGUAUUCCCGCCACGGGCGGGGAUGAUUCAGACGACGCUCUGCUGAAAAUGACCAUCGGGCAGCAGGAAUUUGGCCGCGCCGGUCUGCCGGACCUGAGCACCAUGACCGAAGAGGAGCAGAUAGCCUACGCUAUGCAGAUGUCUCUUCAGGGAGCUGAGUUUGGGCAAGCAGAGUCGGUGGAAGGGGAGAGCUCGGCUGACAUGGACACGUCCGAACCCGCCAAGGAAGAAGACGAUUAUGAUGUGAUGCAGGAUCCUGAAUUCCUCCAGAGUGUUUUGGAAAACCUGCCGGGGGUGGACCCCAACAACGAGGCCAUCCGCAACGCUAUGGGCUCGCUGGCCUCCCAGGCCUCUAAGGAGAACAAGGAGAGCAAAGAGAAAAAGGAGGAAGAGAAGAAAUGA